GGUGCUGUGUCUGGUCCGGGUUGUUCUAGACGGGAGUGGAGUACCAGCGCAGCUACCUCUCUGUAGCUGUGCAUCAUCAGCGAUCCGGUCUCGCUUUCAUAAAGCUGUUUUUCCUCUCGGCGGAUGCUGCUUUUUCCUCUUUUGGCCAACAUCAAGCAAAUGGUCCAGUUUUGCACCUCAGCAGGGCAUGAGAGCUGAAUUCAAUUUCAGUUAAAUUUAACAGAAAACGGGGGAAUAAAGGAGAGAGUUUUUCCCCAGGAUAUUAUUUGGAGAUAUGCCAGUUCCAGACCAGCCUUCUGCAUCUGAAAAGACCACCAUGCUAAGCCCUGUACUUAAUGCCUCCAAUGGAGAUGGAUCUGAGACUGAGACAACUUCUGCAAUCCUGGCUUCUGUUAAAGAACAAGAGCUGCAGUUUGAGAGAUUGACUCGAGAAUUAGAGGCCGAACGACAGAUUGUUGCCAGCCAACUAGAGCGAUGCAAGCUUGGAUCUGAGACUGGCAGCAUGAGCAGCAUUAGUUCAACAGAAGAGCCAUUUCGAUGGAACACCCAAGACGGUCAGAAGGAUAUUGAGGAUGAGCUCACUACUGGCCUGGAGCUAGUGGACUCCUGCAUAAGAUCUCUCCAAGAGUCAGGGAUACUCGACCCUCAGGAUUAUUCUUCUAGUGAAAGGCCGAAUCUCCUUUCCCAGAGUGCACUGCAGCUCAGUUCCAAUCCAGAAGGUUUCCAGUACACAGCCAGCUACCAUAGUAACCAGACCCUUGCCCUGAGCGAUUCAUUGGUAUCGCAGUUCCCUACACGGAGUGGUCAAGUUGGAGGUGCAGUUCAGAGUUACAACCAGGUCACAUCCAGUCGUGCAGCCCAUUUAGCUGGAUCUGAUCCUUCUCAGUCCCAGUCAAGAGAGUCCUUUGUGCCAAGUCAUGGGAGUGCCUUCCACUUGCCUGACUCUCAGCACACCUCUACUGUCUACUACUCCAGCUCCACCCUGCCAGCACAGCGUGUGAGCUCCCCACUCUCCAUGCACCAGGGAGGAUCUCCUAACAAGCUGCAGCGUGUGGGCUCGACCUCAGAGAACUCUGGUUACUGCACCACCCAGCGGGUCUCGUCUCCCAAGCAGUCCCCUAACCGACUGGCCAAGUCCUACAGCACCAGCUCUCCCAUUAACAUUGUGGUGUCUUCAUCUGGGCUCUCCUCCUCUCCCAUCCGGGUCGCCUCACCACCAGUCCAGGCCGGCCUGUCCUCUUCCUCGCCUGUCCACCAGAUCAGCUCCACGGUGGGCAAUUACGCCACACUGUCCCCAACGAAGCGGCUGGUGCACACCUCUGAUCAGUACAAGCACUCUCAUGACCUGUACGCCACAGCCACUCUGCAGAGACCUGGCAGUCUAGCAGGAUCCCGGGGGUCAUACAGCAGCCAGCAUAGCCACCUGGGCUCCGAGCUUCGCCCUCUGCAGUCGCCAGAGCAUCAUAUUGACCCCAUCUUUGAGGACAGGGUCUACCAGAAGCCCCCUAUGAGGAGUCUCAGUCAAAGUCAAGGGGAUCCGCUGCAGCUUGGCCACACUGGCACUUAUCGCACCAGUACAGACCUAGUAAACCAGUUUUGUGAACAGGUCCUGAAUGUUUUGCUUUGUCCCUACUUUCCUGUCGUAGCCCCAUCUUCCCCUGGUGUUGACUCCGUACCCUUGCAGCGCACAGGCAGCCAGCAAGGCCCUCAGAACGCCGCGGGCACUUAUCAGAGAGCCAGCUAUGCAGCAGGCCCGGCCUCCAAUUAUGCAGACCCCUACCGCACUCUUAAGUACUGUCCUUCCGUGGAUUCACCAUACAGCAAAUCUGGGCCAGCCAUCCCACUGGAGGGGACCUUGGCAAGGUCACCUUCCAUUGACAGCAUUCAAAAGGAUCCCAGGGAGUUUGGAUGGCGAGACCCAGAGCUUCCUGAAGUUAUCCAGAUGCUGCAGCAUCAGUUUCCAUCGGUGCAGUCUAACGCUGCAGCCUACUUACAGCAUCUCUGCUUUGGAGACAACAAAGUUAAAUCAGAGAUAAGGAGACAAGGUGGGAUCCAGCUUCUGGUGGAUCUCCUCGAUCAUCGAAUGUCAGAGGUGCACAGAAGUGCUUGCGGAGCGUUGAGAAAUCUGGUGUACGGAAAGGCAAAUGAUGACAACAAGAUUGCCCUGAAAAACUGUGGGGGGAUUUCUGCACUGGUCCGGCUGCUGCGCAAGACCUCGGACCUGGAGAUAAGAGAAUUGGUCACAGGAGUACUCUGGAACUUAUCCUCAUGUGAUGCACUGAAGAUGCCAAUCAUCCAGGAUGCCCUUGCUGUACUGACAAAUUCUGUGAUAAUCCCCCACUCCGGCUGGGACACCACUCCACACCAGGAGGAUCGCAAACUGCAGCUCCAUUCAUCACAGGUGCUGCGCAACGCCACAGGGUGCCUGAGGAAUGUCAGUUCUGCAGGAGAAGAGGCACGCAGGAGAAUGAGGGAGUGUGAUGGACUCACUGAUGCAUUGCUAUACGUGAUUCAGUCUGCUCUUGGGAGCAGCGAGAUUGAUAGCAAGACCAUUGAAAACUGUGUCUGUAUCUUGAGGAACCUCUCAUAUCGGCUAGCUGCGGAAACAUCUCAGGGACAGCAGAUGGGGACGGAAGAGCUUGAUGGAUUGCUUUGUGGGGAUGCCAAUGGCAAGGACACAGAGAGCUCGGGCUGCUGGGGAAAGAAGAAGAAGAAAAAGAAGUCCCAGGAUCAGUGGGACGGUGUUCUCCCAGAGUCUGCAGAGCCUCCAAAAGGGAUCCAGAUGUUGUGGCACCCUUCAAUAGUCAAACCCUACCUCACGCUCCUCUCAGAGUGCUCCAAUCCUGACACUUUGGAAGGGGCAGCAGGAGCGUUACAGAAUUUGGCAGCAGGAAGCUGGAAGUGGUCUGUGUAUAUCAGAGCAGCGGUCCGAAAGGAGAAAGGUCUGCCUAUCCUGGUAGAGUUGCUACGAAUAGACAAUGACCGGGUGGUGUGUGCAGUUGCUACAGCUUUAAGAAAUAUGGCCUUAGAUGUGCGAAAUAAAGAACUUAUAGGCAAGUACGCUAUGCGCGACCUGGUCCAUCGUCUACCUGGAGGAAACAACAGCAGCGGCAACAGCACAGCCAGCAAGACCAUGUCAGACGACACUGUAACUGCCAUCUGCUGUGCUCUGCACGAGGUCAUAACUAAAAACAUGGAAAACACCAAGGCCUUACGAGAUGCAGGUGGAAUUGAGAAGCUAAUCGGCAUUGCAAGAAGCAAAGGAGACAAGCACUCACCAAAGGUGGUGAAAGCAGCAUCUCAGGUCCUCAGCAGCAUGUGGCAAUACAGGGAUCUGCGUAGCCUCUACAAGAAGGAUGGAUAUUCACAAUAUCAUUUUGUUGGCUCUGCUUCAACAAUAGAGAGGGACAGGCAGAGACCAUACUCCUCUUCCCGCACACCUUCUAUCUCCCCAGUCAGAACAUCUCCCAACCAUCGUUCAGGACUCAGACUUGAGACUCGAAGUCAAGGACUCGUGACUCGGACUCGAAUGAUAGUGACUCGGAUUUGGGCUCGGACUCGGACUCAACGCUCUGGACUCGAAGCAAGUGCCCCAGCCUCCCCUCGAGAGAUGAUCAGUCUCAAGGAAAGGAAGACAGACUACGAGUCGACUGGAACAAAUGCAAGUUACCAUGGUAACAAAGGAGAGCACACUUCCAGGAAAGACACCAUGGCAGUUCAAAUCUCAAGUGGAACAUCAACAUUGUUCCGGAAUUCUUAUGUUAACCCGAGUGACGAUAUCAAACAAAACCAGGCUUCUCAGCCUCUCCCUCAAGACAGCGCCAAGAAAGACUAUGAGACGUAUCCGCCAUUUCAGAACUCCACCAGAAACUACGAAGACUCAUUAUUUGAGGAUCAAGUGCAUCACCGCCCUCCUCCCACCACUGACUACAAUAUGCAUCUGGGACUGAAGUCAACCGGCAACUAUGUGGACUUCUAUUCAGCUGCUCGUCCCUACAGCGAACUAAACUAUGAAACGAGCCACUACCCAGCCUCUCCAGACUCCUGGGUUUAGGACACACGUCCGCAAGCAAAAGACCACAGGAGGACCGUGCAUGUGCAUGCAUACCACAAGACAUUUUUCAGCAAGUUUAGUUUGUCAAAGCUUGUUCCUUAGAAAGGUUCCUUUUAACAAGUAUGAAGGGAUGAAAAAGGAAGAUCUUGGGUAAAGUGUAAAGAAAAAGAGUAAAUGAAAGAUGGCAGGGUGCUAGUAAAUUCGUGGGAAGUGAAAACCUUGACCUUUUAAGUCAAGACAUAAAUAUUGUUGUGGGUAACUAGAAUGUUGAAGAUGGCAAGAGAGAGUGACUCUAGAAAGAUGUCAAGCACAAGAAAAUGAACUGUUUACAUAAGCUAUGGGGACGGCUUUUCAUGUUUUACUUAAUUGUGAAUCAAUGGUUCAACUUGCAUUUUGAAGUUUCUUGUGUUCAGGAAGAUACAUUUAGCCUUUUCUCUAAUUUACUUUUUUUUUUGGUUAAUGCUUCAUUGUAAAGUAUUUGAUGUACAUUACAGAGAUGCAAGUGCAUUGUGUAUAUUACACUGAUACCACCUUCAUCAGUGGCUCUAAAUAUUGUUUCCGUUUAAAAAAAAAAACUUUGGAAAGAUGUAUGAAUUACCAACCUUUCCUUUCCUAAGAAAAGUAUGUUUUAACAGCAAGAAGGAAGUAUUUAGCAGUCUUGUUCGUUCUGAUAAUGUGAAUUUGUUUGUGGCAACUAAACAGACGUUUUAAGCAGUUCCAGACAGUUAACAGAACAUCAUUCCACACUCCUUGUCAAUGAAGUGCUUUUUCACUGCCUAAACUUUUAGAUAUAGAUAUUUGAAAUAGAUUUUUUUUUCACUUAUACCAGUUUUUUCUUUAUGAUGAUACAGUGUUUAAAGAUAAUAAAUUCAAAUUUGUUUGUCAUCCAUAAUUGCAUAAAACCUGUCUGUUCCACUAGUA